GGAUUGGUCGAAUGUUCUCGAAACUUCCAUGUGUGGCUAGCUCUGACGUCUUGGGCAGUCAGGCUUGGUGGCUCCUGCUCAAACAGUGGGGAGACUCUUGUUCAACCUUGACAUUAAAGAACUCACACGUUCCGACAAAUCGCUCUUCUCUCAGUAGAAAACACUCCGAAUUCAAUAUAUUCCUUACCAUUUCCUCCGAAUACCAUCGUAUUUCACAAUGGUCAAAGAGACCAAACUCUACGAUCAAUUGGGAGUUUCGCCAUCGGCCUCUCAAGAUGAGAUCAAGAAGGCAUAUCGAAAAGGUGCUCUGAAAUGGCACCCCGACAAGAACAAAGAUAACCCGAAUGCUGCCGAGAAGUUCAAAGAGGUAUCACAAGCCUACGAAAUCCUCUCCGAUCCGGAAAAACGCAAGACGUACGACCAGUAUGGCCUCGAGUUCCUGUUACGCGGCGGAGCGCCACCACCCGAGCCUGGCGCAGGAGGCGGCAACCCAUUCGAAGGCGCGGGCGGAUACCCAUUUGCCUCCUCAGGCGGCAUGCCCGGAGGUACUCGGACAUUCCACUUCCAGACGGGCGGGGGAGGUGCUGGCUUCAACUUCUCGAAUCCAGAAAGCAUAUUCUCGGACUUCUUCCGUGGUGGGGGUGCUGGAAUGGAUGAUGAUGACUUUGGUGGCUUUGGUGGUGGCUUUGGAAUGGGCGGUAUGCCCGGCGGUAUGCCUGGAGCCAAAUCCAAGAGAGGACCAGGCGGCACACGAUUCGAUGGUGGACGCAGAGCCGCAACGCCGGAAGUUACGGUCGUCGAGAAACCGUUGCCAGUGUCUUUAGAGGAACUCUUUAAUGGCACAACCAAGAAGAUGAAGAUCAAGAGAAAGACAUACGAUCAGACAACCAAUAAGCAAAGCACGCAAGAUCGCAUUCUGGAAGUACCAAUCAAGAAAGGUCUCAAGGCUGGCAGCAAGAUCAAGUUCUCUGACGUCGGAGACCAAGUGGAGGGUGGAACACAGGAUCUACACUUCAUCAUCUCAGAGAAAACACAUCCUCUAUUCACCCGUGAUGGUGAUGACAUCAAACACACGAUCGAGCUUGAUCUGAAGGAGGCAUUGACUGGUUGGAAACGGACAGUCGCAACCAUCGAUGGCAAACAACUUCAAGUCAGCAACGGAGGACCCACUGGCCCAACCUUUACCGAACGCUUCCCAGGUCUCGGAAUGCCAAAGAGCAAGAAGCCGAACGAGCGCGGAGAUUUUGUUGUUGGCGUUAACAUCAAGUUCCCGACUUCUCUUACACCACAACAAAAGGAUGCGCUUCGAGGAAUCUUAUAAACGUAUACGUUCGACGGACGAUCCACGCGUUCAGCCUGCACACCCUUUCUGUAAAUUUUAAAAUCCUCGCCAACUAUCUCUACGAAUCUCUUUCCCGGCGAGUUG